UGGGAGCGGCUAGAGGGCGCCGGGCGGCCGAGUGGCAGAAUGAAGACCAGUGACCCAGCAGCAGCCCCCCAGGAUGCUCUGGGCAUGGCCUCGAGAACCCCACAGCAGAACAGCCGGAAGGCAGAGGAGAACCCCAGCUUCCUGGACGAGCUCCUCCGCGACUUCCCAGCCCCGCUGGGCCCAGAGAGCCCUUUGCCAUGGAAGGUCCCAGGGACGAUGCUGAGCCAGGAGGAGGUGGAAGGCGAGCUGGCUGAGCUGGCCAUGGGCUUCCUGAGCAGCAGGAGCGCUCCGCCACCACUUGCUGCCUGCCUGGCCCACGAGGCAGUUUCCCAGCUGCUGCAGACGGACCUUUCUGAGUUCAGGAAGUUGCCGGAGCAGGAAGAAGAGGAGGCCCCUGCGACCUUGCUGGAUGCUGCGGGCCUGGCGCGGAGCCUCUUUGACCAGCUCUGGGAAGUGUGCAGCCAGUGGCAGAAGCAGGUGCCCGUGGCUGCCCGGGUCCCGCAGCGGCAGUGGCUGGUCUCCGUGCACGCCAUCCGCAACGCCCGCCGCAGGAUGGAGGACCGGCACGUGUGCCUCCCUGCCUUCAACCUGCUCUUUGGCCUAUCGGACUCUGUGGACCGUGCCUACUUUGCUGUGUUCGAUGGUCACGGAGGGGUGGAUGCCGCAAGGUACGCAUCUGUGCACGUGCACGCUGUCGCUGCCCACCGACCAGAGCUGCCCACUGACCCCGCGGGGGCCCUGCGAGCAGCCUUCCGCUGCACCGAUGAGAUGUUCCUUUGGAAAGCCAGGCGAGAGCGGCUGCAGAGCGGCACUACAGGGGUGUGCGCGCUCAUCGCCGGGAACACCCUGCACGUGGCCUGGCUCGGGGACUCCCAGGUGGUCCUGGUGCAGCAGGGGCAGGUGGUGAAGCUGAUGGAGCCACACAGACCUGAGCGGCAGGACGAGAAGGACCGCAUCGAGGCACUGGGUGGCUUCGUGUCCCACAUGGACUGCUGGAGGGUCAACGGGACCCUGGCCGUCUCCAGAGCCAUCGGGGACGUCUUCCAGAAGCCCUACGUGUCUGGGGAGGCGGACACGGCCUCGCGGGCGCUGACGGGCUCCGAGGACUACCUGCUGCUGGCCUGCGAUGGCUUCUUCGACGUGGUCCCCCACCAGGAGGUGGCCGGCCUCGUGCGGAGCCACCUGGUUGGGCAGCAGGGCAGUGGGCUGCGCGUGGCUGAGGAGCUGGUGGCUGCCGCCCGGGAGCGGGGCUCCCACGACAACAUCACGGUCAUGGUGGUCUUCCUCCGGGAACCCCGAGACCUGCUGGAGCCAGAGACUGAUGCUGUGCCGAGAAGCUAGGAGGUCCGGGCCCCCUGUCCCCGUGAUCCUCCCCCGCGGAUGCCUUAGGACACGGCAGGAGGUGGGCAGGUGACGCCACUCACGGCCUCUGGCCCUGCUUGCGUCACCCCAUCCUGGUGGCUGCCAGGGCCAUCGCCUGCUCACAGCAGACGGGGUGACAGUGGGAUGGCAGGAUGUCCAAAGGAAGUCCAGGAAGGAGACCUCACGGAGGAGAAGGGGCCCAGGAAGUGGACAGGCUCUGGGCCCCAUCCGGCAGGGGUGGGACCAGAGGCUAAGGCGGCGGCCACAGCCAAACCAAAGACAUUGGGCAUGCUUGCAGGGUAGCAGGACUCUGUGUGUGGGACCUUCGGGCAGAACCAGGAGCCACAGACAUUUUCCAGUGCCUGGGUGUCCAGCAAAGUUUUCCCAUCCACCCCUCACUGCCCGUCACUGGGAGGACUUGUAUGGACCAAUGUUCCUGUCUGGUCCUGGUGCCCAGCAGGUCCUGGCCGAGCCAAGUGGCUUCCCAAGUGGGGAGGGUGGCCUCAUGGGGAAGGGGGGGGCGCCAGGGGUCUGAUCUGCGGUGCCCACUAGUGACCUCCCUGGUUCCCGCUCACCCCUCGUGCACCAGGGAGGGAACACUCAGACAAAGACAUGUGUGUCUUGUUUGUGGUUUUUUUUUUUUU